UUUACCUUAGGUACACUUACAGAAACUUUUGUUGUUGUUGCUAGAAACAGUCUGAUGCUGACCCAUGUGGCUUAUUUUUUUAUUAAAUCAGCCAGGAGUCGUGCCCUCGAGUGCAGGGUGCAUAAAGAAGCCUGCUUUGACUUCUCUCUGCCUCCAAAGAUGAGCUGCACUUGUUCCGGAAUCUGAUUCGCCAAGGAGGCUGCGGACGCCCCGCCCCCCGGCUCGGCCGCCGCCCCCGAUUGGUCCUUCCCGUCGCCCGUCUUGGGGACAUAGCGAGAGGCACGAGUUGGCCUGUAAGCCUGCGCUGGCUGCUUCUCAGUGUCGGACACGUAGUGGGAAAGAGCAGGUCCCGAUGCACAAGUCACGGCAGCCCUGGGCGGAGAUGAAGGCGGACUCCGACUGGCUCUGAUUUUUCAAAGCCCUUUUCAUUCAGGAGCUUGCUUGCCCAGACGGUCAUCGAUAUGGCAGAUCCAUUAUCCCCGGGACCCAACAUUGCAAAAAUGGCGUCACUUAGCCGGGUCCGAGCUUUGGCGAUGAUUUUCUUAACUGUCACUGGCUGCUGUGUCACCCCGACAAGUGGCAAGGAGGGCUCCGAGGAGACCGUCAUCAUCGGGCUCCGGCUGGAGGACACGGACGACAUUUCCUUCAUGGAUAAAGGCUACCUGCGGGUGAGCGAGCGGUCUCGGGUGAAACUGAGGGUCUACGGGCAGAACAUCAACAACGAGACCUGGUCCAAGAUUGCCUUCACGGAACACGAGCGGAGCCGGGCGGUGGGGGGCUUUGACAGCUCCUCGGGGGAUAACCAGAGCCGGGAGGACUCGUCCGGCUCGCAUCCCUGCGGAAUUAGGACUUCGGAUAUAAUUAUAUUACCCAACAUCAUAUUGAGUCGGAAAACAUCCGGAGUAGUCGAGAUUGAGGUCAAACCCCUGCGGAAGACCGAGAGGAGUAAAGCGUACUACCUUUGCAUCGCCACCUCCACGUCGGCGGUGGCCGGGUUGCACGACCCGUGGACGGAGAACACCUGGAUCUACCACGACGGGGACGACACCAAAGUGAUAGUGGUGGAGGAGAAAAAGUUCCUGCUGCCUUUCUGGCUCCAGGUCAUCUUCAUCUCCAUGCUGCUGUGCCUGUCCGGCAUGUUCAGCGGCUUGAACCUGGGGCUCAUGGCUCUGGAUCCCAUGGAGCUCCAGAUCGUCCAGAACUGCGGCACGGAGAGGGAGAAGAACUACGCCAAGAAGAUCGAGCCGGUCCGGAGCCAGGGGAACUACCUGCUCUGCUCGCUCCUGCUCGGGAACGUGUUGGUGAACACCACGCUGACCAUCCUCCUGGACGACAUCGCCGGCUCCGGGCUCAUCGCGGUGGUCAUGUCCACCAUCGGGAUCGUUAUCUUUGGUGAAAUCGUGCCGCAGGCCAUCUGCUCCAGACACGGCCUGGCCGUGGGGGCAAACACCAUCUUCCUCACCAAGUUCUUCAUGCUGCUCACCUUCCCCGCGUCCUACCCGGUGAGCAAGCUGCUGGAUUACCUGCUCGGACAGGAGAUCGGCACCGUGUACAACAGGGAGAAGCUGCUGGAGAUGCUGCGCGUCACGGACCCCUACAACGACCUGGUGAAGGAGGAGCUGAACAUCAUCCAGGGCGCGCUUGAGCUCCGGACUAAAACCGUGGAGGACGUCAUGACGCCGCUGAGAGAUUGCUUCAUGAUGCCGGGGGACACGAUCCUGGACUUCAACACCAUGGCCGAGAUCAUGAGGAGCGGCUACACGCGCAUCCCGGUGUUCGAGGGCGAGAGGUCCAAUAUAGUGGAUCUGCUGUUUGUCAAGGACCUGGCCUUCGUUGACCCGGAUGAUUGCACGCCGCUCAAAACCAUCACAAAGUUUUACAGCCACUCGCUGCAUUUUGUGUUUAAUGACACCAAGCUGGAUGCGAUGCUGGAGGAGUUUAAAAAAGGAACAUCCCACCUGGCCAUAGUUCAGAGGGUGAACAAUGAAGGCGAGGGAGACCCCUUCUAUGAGGUUCUGGGAAUUGUCACCUUGGAGGACGUUAUUGAAGAAAUAAUCAAGUCAGAGAUCCUGGAUGAGACUGACUUAUACACCGACAACAAGACGAAGAAGAAAAUCACCCAUCGGGACAGGAAGCAGGACUUCUCGGCCUUCAAGCCCACUGACAAUGAAAUGAAGGUUAAAAUAUCACCUCAGCUUCUGCUGGCUGCCCUGCGUUUCCUAGCUACAGAGCUGGAGCCGUUCUUUCCGGCGCAGAUGUCAGAAAAGAUCCUGCUGCGAUUACUGAAACUCCCCAACGUCAUCCAGGAGCUGAAAUAUGACGCGAAUAACAAGCGGGCAACAGGGCACUACCUCUACCACAGGAACAAGCCUGUGGAUUAUUUCAUCCUGGUCCUGCAGGGGAAAGUGGAAGUGGAGGCAGGAAAAGAGGAGAUGAAGUUUGAAGCAGGACCGUUCUCCUUCUACGGGAUGAUGGCUCUAACAGCGCCACCUGUGCCGCUGUCUCUGUCUCGUACAUUCACCGUCAGUAGGGCAGAAUCAUUAGCGGGAUCUCCAGAGAACAAGUCUCCUCCGCGCUCGUUUGGCCUGAACCACUCAGACUCUCUGAACAGGAGUGAUCGCAUAGAGGCCAUCACACCGACGCUGGGCAACAGCAACAACCAGCUCAACUCCUUGCUUCAUAUGUACGUCCCAGAUUAUUCUGUCAGAGCGAGGUCGGACCUGCGGUACAUCAAGGUAACGCGCCAGCAGUACCACAAUGCCGUAAUGGCGUCACGGAUGGACAAGACCCCCCAGUCCACAGACAGCGAGCUCACCAAGAUCGAGCUCACGCUGACAGAGUUCCACGACGGCGUGGAGAUCCCGGCCAUUGUCACCACCACGGCCAGCACCACGAGCACCUCCCCCGCCGUGGCCGUCGCCACGGCCAACGAGACGUCCCACCUGCUGAACCAGCAGCAGAACUGUGUGGGCCUGAGCCGGAGCAACCACAGCGCCCACAACGAGGGACACAUGUAGCCCUCAACCUCCCGCUGCGGCCGGUGGAGACCCUCCACCUUGUCCCCUGGACACGCAUGGAGCAGUGGUGUUAGGUGAAGAGGGAAAGUGGGCGGGAAUCAGGGUUCUGCUCCAACCUGAAGCCCCAGUUCAGUCAGUGAGACCUUUCCACUGUAGGUGUCGAUGGCAGCAGCGGGGACGAUGGGUCACCAGAACCCCCCCGCUGCACUGACAGGACCAGUGAAACAAGUUUUUCAACGGACUGGAGGACGACGGAGUGCAGGUCCGCUCGCAACAUAAUGCAAAGCUCGCUGGACUUUCUCCUCAGGCCAAAGACUUUGGUCCCGCCCCCAUCCCGCCAUCCUCCUCCGUCCCGUCACACUGAAACAAACCCUCCGCUCCGGUGCUUCCUGCAGGGAGGCUCAGGCGACUGCUGGUCCAAUCAGACUCACACACAGAGCAACGGUUCGUCACAGACUGCACCAAAACAAACCGCUAAACCGAGAACCAAGAAUGUUUUUUUUCUUGUAUUUAUUUAUUUUAUAAUAUUGUUUGUAUAUAUGUACACGUGGAGAAGUGAAAAAUAAACUAAGAGCAUGCAUCCACAGAACAUGCUACAUAUAUGAACACCCACUCGUACUUGAGGAGGUGAGAGUCUUUUACAGAAACACUAUUAGAUCUUAUUAUUUUUACUAUUAUCCUAAAUCAGGCUUAUAGUAUAUUUUUCACCUUUUAAAGGAAAAAAAAAAUCACACUAUUGCCUUGGAGAGAAAUUCUAUAAUUAGUUACUUUAACAAAGUGCAAUGAACAAUGAUUUAUUUAAGAGAUGAUUAUAAAAGAAGAUAAUUCAGUGUAUUCUAAGUUGGCAGAUGUAUUUGUAUGUUUGUGCUGUGUGCACAUUUGUUUUUGAGACGUGCUCAGCUGCGUCUCUUCCUCUUUGUCUCCGUCGCGUUUUUGACCUCAAGCACGUCCGGCUCAAGUGACGCCUUCACCAGUUACUGCAGCGUAGUUUGGGUGGGGAGGGGGCGACAGUGCCAACCAACAAAGGUAUCUAUGCAUGUGAGGUUAAAGUGUUUUUAUGCCUUUAGUUCAAUCAAAUGUGAGAACUGCACAGUAUUAAUGACCUCGUUCUAACACGUCAGAAAGAGCAACCUUGACUUUAAAUGAUGCACAGCUAAUGCUUCUCCACUGUUUUGCUUAUAAAUAUGUCUGUUUUUUUAUUCCUUUUUUUUUUAGCUGAUUUGGACACCAGGCUGUCUCAUUGUUUUGGCUUCCCUGCAGAUUGCAGUUAAUAACCCGAGCUUAAUAGUUAUUGAGUCGAUCCGAUUUUAAGAUGUUCUUCAACAAUGCUGGCUGCUAUUAAAGAGACAUAUUUAUA